UCAAAAUUAUUUACGUUGAUUUGUUCAAUUUCGACCCGAAAUACCCUCAAAUGGUUUCUUCCUGGCCAAGAAAUUGCGGGCUUCGGAAACCACCGCCACAAAACCCCUAUAUAUAUGGCUGAACUACGUACAGAUGUACCCAAAAACAAAAUAAAAACAAACAGACUACGCUUGUCCUUGAUUGAGGGAAAAAAAUGGAAGCUUUCUCGUCCUUCUUCGAAUCUCGUUCGGCCAGCUCCAGUUGGACCUACGAUUCUCUCAAAAACUUUCGUCAGAUCUCUCCCGUCGUUCAAUCUCAUCUCAAACAGGUUUAUCUGUCUCUAUGUUGUGCUCUUAUCGCUUCGGCUGUUGGAGCUUAUCUUCACAUCCUCUGGAAUAUUGGAGGCCUCCUCACGACCAUAGCUUCUAUUGGAAGCUUGGUUUGGCUACUCUCGACCCCUCCAUACGAAGAGCGAAAAAGGGUUGCCCUCCUCAUGGUGACUGCUCUUUUUGAAGGGGCUACAAUUGGUCCUUUGAUUGACGUGGCUCUCCAAAUUGAUCCAAGCAUUCUGGUCGGGGCUUUUGUGGGAAGUGCCGUGGCUUUCGGUUGUUUCUCAGUGGCAGCAAUGUUAGCAAGGCGUAGAGAGUACCUUUACCUUGGAGGCUUUCUUUCGUCUUCGGUCUCCCUACUGUUUUGGUUGCACUUUGCAUCCUCUGUCUUUGGGGGUUCUGCUGCCCUCUUCAAGUUUGACUUGUAUUUUGGGCUCUUGGUGUUUGUGGGCUACAUUGUAGUCGAUACCCAGCAAAUAAUUGAGAAGGCUCACUUUGGGGAUCUGGACUAUGUAACGCAUGCCCUGACCCUUUUCACGGAUUUCUUCGCUGUUUUUGUCCGAAUUCUGAUUAUCAUGCUGAGGAACUCUGAAAAUGACGAGAAGAGAAAGAAAAAGAGAAGAUGCUGAACUUGGCCGAGGAGCUGCAUAACUGAAGAAGAUUGUCUAAACAAGGUCAAAAUGGAUCUUUUUCAGCUGUCUAUAUGAACCUGUGUUUUUUUGAGGCCUUCUUCCGGAAGUUAAAAGGUGUUAAUUAGGUGUUAGUACUCCGAACUUGUCAAUUGUUGGUUUAGAUUGCUAACACCUAUGACUAAUGGUACAUGUCUUGGAUUUCUUAUGUUAAACAUGCAAUGUUGAAUUUCUUUUCCACUAAUAUGAGAUUCUCCUGUGUGUGUCAGAAGUUCAAAUGUUCAA